CUCGGCCCCCUCGGCGCGACGACCUCCCCAACCCUCCCACCCUCCCCAUUCCCGGCGCGACGAGGCCGCUCCAUGGCGAGUCGCGGCCGGCCUCGGCCCGGCUCGCUCCAGGCCCUCGCCGCCGUCCUCCUCCUGGCCGCCGCGUCCGCGGCCGCAGCCGGAUCCCCCGAUCGGCCCGCGCCGGGGCCGCCGCUGUUCCUCCCGCUCACGCGCUGCUACCCCAACGCUAGCCGGCUUGCCGGCUCGUUGCGGCGCGGGCUAGACGAAGGGGCGCACCCCAACGCGCGCAUGCGCCUCCACGACGAUCUCCUCACCAACGGGUACUACACGACGAGGCUGUACAUCGGGACGCCCCCGCAGGAGUUCGCGCUGAUCGUUGACUCCGGGAGCACCGUCACGUACGUGCCCUGCGCCUCCUGCGAGCAGUGCGGCAACCACCAGGAUCCAAGAUUUCAACCUGAUCUCUCCAGUACAUAUUCACCAGUAAAAUGCAAUGUCGACUGUACUUGUGACAAUGACAAAAAUCAGUGCACUUACGAGAGGCAGUAUGCUGAAAUGAGCUCCAGCAGUGGGGUGCUUGGUGAGGACAUUGUGUCUUUUGGUAGAGAGAGUGAACUUAAGCCACAGCGUGCUGUUUUUGGCUGCGAAAAUUCUGAAACUGGAGAUUUGUUUAGCCAGCAUGCUGAUGGUAUAAUGGGGCUGGGUCGUGGUCAACUUAGCAUAAUGGACCAGCUUGUUGAUAAGGGUGUUAUAAGUGAUUCGUUCUCUUUGUGCUAUGGUGGAAUGGAUGUUGGUGGUGGUGCUAUGGUACUUGGUGGAAUGCCUUCUCCUUCUGACAUGGUUUUCUCACGUUCAGACCCUGUCCGCAGCCCGUAUUACAACAUUGAGUUAAAGGAAAUACAUGUUGGUGGAAAGGCACUGCGGGUAGACCCAAGGGUCUUUGACAGCAAACAUGGGACUGUUUUGGAUAGUGGAACCACAUAUGCUUAUUUGCCAGAGCAAGCUUUUGUGGCUUUUAAAGACGCUGUGACAAGCAAAGUCCAUUCUCUCAAGAAAAUCCGUGGCCCUGAUCCAAAUUACAAGGAUAUCUGCUUUGCAGGUGCUGGAAGGAACGUCUCACAACUACAUGAGGUAUUUCCAUAUGUUGACAUGGUAUUUGGAAAUGGACAGAAGCUCUCACUUACACCAGAAAAUUAUUUAUUUCGGCACUCCAAAGUUGAUGGGGCCUAUUGUUUGGGUGUAUUCCAAAAUGGGAAAGAUCCAACAACACUAUUAGGAGGUAUCAUAGUUCGUAAUACACUUGUGACCUAUGACCGUCACAAUGAAAAGAUUGGCUUUUGGAAAACUAACUGUUCGGAAUUGUGGGAGAGGCUCCAUAUCGGUGGUGCUCCUUCACCAGGACCUUCAAGUGAUACAGGUUCACAAGCAGAUAUGUCACCUGCUCCUGCCCCUAGUGGUUUACCAGAAUUUGAUGUUGGUCUCAUAACUAUUGAUAUGUCCAUUAAUGUUACUUACCCAAAUCUGAAACCUCAUCUCCAUGAGCUGGCUGAGCUGAUAGCUAAAGAACUGGAAAUUGACUCCCGUCAGGUUCGAGUUAUGACUGUUACAAGCCAAGGAAACUCUACUCUGAUCAGAUGGGGUAUUUUCCCAGCAGGACCUGAUAAUGCUAUGUCUAAUGCAACAGCAAUGGGUAUCAUCUACCGGUUAACUCAGCAUCAUGUUCAAUUGCCUAAAAAUCUUGGCAGUUAUCAGUUGCUCGAGUGGAAUGUGCAACCUUUAACCAGAAGGUCGUGGUUUCAAGAACAUGUAGUCUCUAUACUACUUGGGAUUUUAUUAGUUAUUUUGUUCACUUUGUCAGCCUUUUUAGUAGUACUUGUUUGGAGAAAGAAAUUUAGUGGUCAAACUGCCUACAGACCUGUUGACGCUGUGGCCCCUGAGCAAGAACUCCAGCCACUAUAAUCCAAAGCUGUUUGGCGGAGCAACAUAUAGACAAUUCUUUGGUAGAGAUACCCUCGUGUGGGGUUACAUAUCACAGCGGCAUGCAUCUGCUGCUGGAGUAGCCCUUCUUUGUAUGUAACACAAGCUACAAGCUUACAGAAGAAGCACAAUAUGAUUACAUGACUUCUCGAUUCAAAACUUAGAGGUGUUGUUCAUAAACUGUAGUGAUUCAGAUCAAGAGCUUCCUCUUGUGCUUACAGUAGAAGAAGGUUUUGUUCAUGUAAUGUAGAUUAAGUAGGGUAGAGAAGGGACAAGCACACGCGUGGAACGGAACGAUGUAAUAUCUAUUUGAUAAGUGCUGAGGGUAUUUGGCUUCUUCAAA